AUGUCAGGCCCAAACCUUCACAACACUCUCUUUCGCCCUCCGAUUAUCCAAAUCGUCCGCGCUCGAGGCUCCCACUCGACACGCCCUUCAGACUUAGAAUCUAUUCAGGACCUGACUGGCCGGUAUCUUAUCAUUCUCGCCGAGUAUGUAGCUGAGUAUGCCGCAAAUGCCUACCCGUACGACCCAGAGGAUGGAGGAUGGAGGAUGAAGGAUGGCCCCGGGGAGUGA